AUGAAAAUAAUAAAUAAUUUGCUUUUGAUUUUAUUAUUUUUAUUUUUAUAUUCAAAUAAUGUAAAAUCUAUAAAUACUGUUGAAAGUUUUACAAUUGGAACACCAUACCCUAAUGGACAGUAUGUUGGUGUUAUAACUCCAUUUUCACCAGGUGGUUUGGGUAAUAUAGGAAUUUCAUUUACAUUUAAUGCAUAUGAGGCAACAUUAACUCAAUACAUUACAGUCAAUUUCUAUGACCAAGAAUCAAAUUUAAAGUUCAGUAUUGAAAAUGUAUAUUUUGCCCUUGAAGGUGAACAACAAACCACUAAUCCAAGUACUUCCGGCACAGCAUCAGCAGUAGAUAUUUCCAUUUUAGAUCAACAAUCAAUUAAAGCUUCAAAUACAUUCCGUGGUUUAAAAGCUGCCCAAAAUGUCUAUAAGAUGACUGUAACUUUUCCAGCAUCAGAAUUAGUAUAUCCAGGUUCCUAUGAAAUUGUGGAUUAUUUAACUUUUGGUUUUGAUAUCCCAGCAUUUGCCAGCUAUACAUUUCCAGAUCAGAAAAUUACUUUUGUUUCUCCAGCUUAUCACCCAAAUUCUACUCAAAUUUUAAAACAAACCAACAUUGAAUUAUCAAUAGAUUAUGGGGAAAGUCAAUAUUGUAAAUCUAUUGUUCUUUUGGAUGAAAAUAGUAUAUCACAUUCAUAUGGUUUAUAUUACAUUACCGAUAAAUACCAAUCACAAUCAGUAAAAUUAAAUUCAAUUAAAACAUCAGCAACCUCUGAUAUAACUAAAUUUUACUUUUUAUCAAAAUAUCCAAUCAGUACAACUCCAACUACCUUCUCAUAUACUCUAUUUGACGCUAUAACUGGUCAAACAUCAUUAAUCAGUGCAACUCUAACAUGCAAUUCAAACGUUGAUGCAUCACUUCCAAGUAAUAUGGUUGUUUUAGGUUCAAGUUCAUUUACCUAUGUUGCAAUGAAAACUUCAUUUAGGGUUGCAACAGCAACACUUAAUUCUGCACCAUUAAAACCAACAUCAAUUAAACUCUCAUCUGGUAAAUGGAUUGGCUUUGUUAGACUCUCAAAUGUUCAACUAAAUUCAUAUUCAUUAAAUAUUUCUCCCGAGGGACUAACCAAUGUUUUUACAAAGACUCCCAUAUCCUUUACCCCAAAUCUUAACGGCGUUAAAGUUGUUCAAUUAUCAAGUUUUGUAGAAAAUGAUGUAAAUUUAAAAAAGAAUGUUUCAAAUAGCCAACUUAAAUUUUAUGUUGAAGUUAAACCAGAUGUAAAUAGCUAUGGCAAAGUCGCAACAAUUGAUUUCCAAUAUAAUGGAGUUGUAUUUUAUAGCGAUAAAGAAAUUGUUGAUAAUAUCUACAAAAAGGUUAUUUAUAUCCCAGAUACAAUUAUCACUAAAACAGCUAAUAUAUUAAAAAUAAAUGUUAAUAGUGAAAAUUUUGGAAGGUAUGAAAUUUCACAAUUUACCAUUGACAUGGCUUCAUUAGCAGCAACAACCACUUCAAACACUAUUUCAAAUCAAGAAAUGAAUUUACAGUAUGGCAAAAAAUUCUUUUUAAAUUCAUUCAAAGGUCGCUUACUAAUGAGCGAAGAUAUUUACCAAAUACCAAAUUUAAAAAUGUCUUAUUAUACUACAGAUAAAACAACAUUCUUCGCUGGAUACAAUGACGAUGUCUAUAUUGAAUCAAAUUAUCCAUUUGGUUAUACAAAUUAUUUCAAUAAUUUAACUUAUGAACCAUCAGUUCCUUUUAUGUCCGAUACCCCAGGCUCUACAAUUAAUUCAGACCCAAAUUACGCUUUUCCAACAUCUAUUAUCAAUAGUCCAUUGCUUAAAAGAGAUUAUGUAAAUCCAAAUGUUUUCUCAGCUUUUACAUUCAGUUCAGAUUUAACCCAGAAACCAGAUAGUGUAGUGAUAACAGUUAGCGACUCUAUUGGUAUCUCAUCAAUCAAACCAAAUUGUAAAGUUAGUCUUGGCCCAACUACAUUCACCCUUUUACCAUCAAAUAUUUUCAGUAUAUCUGAACCAAACUUUUCAAACGUCCAAUAUCAAUUCAAUUUUAAAUUUAAUAGAUACUUUUGUAAUUCCCCACCAAUUAUUGAUUGUACAGAUAUUAGGGGCAAUAGAUUAUAUGAUAGCGGUGAAUCUUCAUUGAUCAACAGUUUCUUAUACUCUGGCUUAGAAUCAUGUACAAACACAAAUAUUCCCCCAUUACGUCUUUUGGCUUUGACCUAUUCUUACAAUAACGCUUAUUCGAAUAUCAAUUUAAAUACUUGGUUUGUUAGUGACAAUUCAGCAGAUUACUCCCAAUAUCUUUUUGAGAUUUUAGUUUAUGACAACUAUGAUAAUAUUGGCGAACCAAUUCAAAUUAAAAGAUUCGCACAAAUUAUCACUUACCCAGAAACAUCAUCUUUUGUUUGUGGCUUCUCGAUUAGUGAAACCAUUUUGGACAACGAUCAAACUCUUAAGAGAUUCAUUUCAAUUAGAGUUUCGUCACUAUCAAGUCCUAAUUCCAAAUAUGUUUUAUCUACAAAAGAAUUGGAAUAUAUGAACACAAAUGCCCAAAGCAGUACCGUAACAACUUCAAUUAUUUCAUCCCAAUAUACUAUCAGAAAUAAUAAGUACUAUGAUGAAAAUUCCCCUAAUGCUAUUGACUUUUUUUCAUCAGUAUAUAGUCUCGUUUUAACCAAAGAUCAAAUUACAUUCACCUCAUCAUUAAUGGAUUUAUUCAAAAAUAUAACAUUUGUCAUUAAAAACAAAUACAACCCAUAUGCUUUAUAUGUUCACUACGAUUCCACCGAUCCAAAAACUUAUUUAUCAAAAACUUCAUCAACUUUGGUUUUAUCCUUACCAAGUACACUAGUGGAUGUAAAUAAACUCUUUAUAGAUUCAAUUUGUGAUCAUUUUAGCAAUUGUUAUGAGCUUGGUCCUUAUAGCAAAUUUAGUACCAUUUUUAAUGGUGUACCUCUUACCCCACAUUCCGGUUCUGCAACUAUCGGUAAACCUACAUUCUCUAGAAAUUACAUCGAUGUCAGCUCAUCAAAUCGUAAAGUUAAAGUUUCAAUUGAUAUCUCCUACCAAUCAUUACCAUUUAAACAAUCAAUUGUUGCAUCAGAUCCAAUUUUUUAUAUAACCGAAAUAGAUUCAAAUGAUCAAGUUUCAUGUCCAUUAAAACAAUUUGAAAAUUCAACAACCUUUAGUUGCAAUUUAGAAAUUCCAUUUAUGUUUGGUAGUAGAACUCCCCUAGGUCACUGUUCCGUUUAUAAUUUGGUUUAUGAAGAUGGCUAUUUAGAUGGUGUACGUUUCGAUACAUGUUCACUCUUUUUAUAUACACAAUACCUUAAAGAGCCAGUAAUAACCGAGGUCUCAACAAAAAUGUAUGAUUCAAAUCUUUACUUUUAUGGUAUUAAUUUAAAUCUCUUAGAUUCAGCAAUUCAAGAUAAAUCAUUAUUUACUUCGGCACCUUUCACAUAUGUAAAUGAAACUAGUGGUUACUAUAUUUUGAAAGAGAAACUUACAAAGCCGGUAGACAUUAAGGUUGGUUCAAAAGUCUAUAGUGUAUUUAUCUACACUUGCUUAAAAGAUGAUUGUAGUGGUAACGGUAAAUGUAAUAUGACAACAUUGACAUGCCAAUGUAGCCAAGGUUGGGGUGGUACAGAUUGCUCAAUCGAUCAAACAUUUGUAUGUAAAGAUAAUUGUAAUGGCCAAGGUUCUUGUAGUACCGAUAAAACAUGUAAUUGCAAACCUGGUUUUACUGGUGUCGCUUGCGAAUUUAAAAAUUCAAAUAUCUCCAUGAAUAUGAACACUAGUAUCACAUCCCCAUCAGUUAUAUUGGAUGGAUUCGAUUCAUUCAAUUUAAAUAAUUAUACAAAAAAAUCAAAAUAUCAUAUCGAGUUGGUUUAUAUUCAAGAGGUGGAUGUUUUGGGUAAAGUUUUAAAUAGAUUUAAUUUUAAUGAAACCGGAUGGUCAUUAGCAUCAACAAAUGGUGAAACAUCAAGUACAUUCAAUACAACAUUAUUAGAAUAUUCAAAUUUCACGGUAAGGGUAGAUAUAUUUAAAACAGAUACUCAAAUGACCUGGGCCAACGAACAUUUAGCAAUCCCAGCCAACUCUAUCAAAUUUUCAGUUAGAAUUGAUAAUUAUACAUUCUCGUCAAAUCUCAAUAAACUAGAAAUGUUUUAUCAAACAUCACCAAACUCUGAUUUAGAAUGUGCCAUAAAACAACAAAUUGCAUGGGGGGCCAAAAAAUCAACUGAUAUGCAUUGGGUAACAUUACCAAAUAACCAAUUACAACUCUAUGGUAGAUUUUCAAAUAGUUUAAUUUUGGAUGAUAGAAUAGUUUCAACAUCAAAUGAAGGCUUAGAAUUUGGAUCAACAGUUCAGGUAAAAGUCAACAUUCCAUUCUUUAAAGAUUAUGCCGAAUUAGACCCAGAUUUUUCAGUACUUGUGGAUGUCAACAUGGAUGAAACUGUGUAUGAUGAAUGUGGAAUUCCAGUAGGAACCAAAUCAAACAGAAAAUGGGUCAUUCCAGUUGCCGUGGUAGUUGGGGUGGUCGGUGCCACUAUUUUAUUUAUUUCCAUUUUCGCUGUUGCUUAUAAGAAAAAUACAAAUUUAAGACUUUUUAUGUUAAGCUUUAAGUCUAAAUUUGGUGGAAGCAGAGGCGGUGUUUCAAUGAAAAAUUUUAAUUAA